AACCAAUCAUAUUUCGCCACAUUCGCCGGCGAAAAGUGGAGAAAAUCUUCAUAAUUUUGCCAGAAAAAUCAGUUUUACUCAGCUAGGAGAUCGAAAUAUUCGCCGGUUUAUGUCGAUUUAGAUUCUCUUUGGUCACCAUGACGAUGAUGCGCCAUUUCAAGCUGCUGGUGUCAGCAGUCUUGUUAGUAUGUUGUGUUUUACAUAAUACAGAUGGUUUAGCUGUCAUGUCUGUUGAUCUUGGUCAAGAGUACAUGAAGGUUGCCCUUGUCAAGCCUGGCGUUCCAAUGGAAAUUGUUCUGAAUAGAGAAUCUCAACGUAAAACUGCUGCAGUUGUGUCGAUGAGGGAUGGAGAGAGGUCAUUUGGUGAUGCUGCGCUAAAUACAGCGGUCAAGUUCCCGGCGAAGGCGUACAUAUAUCUCCUGAGCGUCCUCGGGAAGAAGAUGAAUCACCCGACCGUGAAGCGUUACCAGCAGUUAUUCCCGUUCUACACUUUGAAAGAGGAUCCUGAAACUGGCACUGUGAUAUUUCAACAUGAUGAGAAGACCUUUUAUACGCCAGAGGAACUGAUUGCGAUGAUUUUGGAGCGGGGAAAGGAAUCAGCUGAGGCGUUCGCUGAGCAAACCAUCAAGGAUGUUGUGAUCACCGUACCGCCAUUCUUCAACCAGGCAGAGCGACGCGCCCUGGUCCGCGCUGCCGAGAUGGUCGAUUUGAACGUCUUACAGCUGAUGAAUGAUAACAGCGCUGUAGCUCUGAAUUAUGGUGUCUUCCGUCGAAAAGAAUUCAAUACCACGGCGCAGAAUAUGUUGUUCUACGAUAUGGGGGCUUCCAGUACUACUGCGACUAUUGUGUCCUAUCAGACUGUACGAAUGAAGGAUCGAGGGUUUGUGGAGAACAACCCGCAGUUGACAAUCCGAGGAAUAGGCUUUGAUGCUACACUUGGCGGCAUGGAAUUCCAGUUCAGGCUGAGGGAGCAUCUCGCGAAACUUUUUAAUGCACAGAAGAAGACGAAAACCGACGUGACAACAAAUCCUCGCGCCAUGGCCAAGCUUCUGAAGGAGGCGGGACGAGUCAAAAAGGUUCUCAGCGCCAAUAACGAACAUUACGCCCAGGUCGAGGGCUUAUUGGACGAUCGUGACUUCAGGGCAAAAGUAACCCGCGAGGAAUUCGAAGAACUUUGCAGCGACCUGUUUGAAAGAGUUGCCAAGCCACUCGAAGACGCUCUCAAAUCAGCUCAUAUGACAAUGGAUGAAAUCAAUGAGAUCAUCCUGAUGGGCGGAGGCACCAGGGUUCCCAAAGUGCAGGCGAAAUUGAGAGAAGUUACAAAAAAAGAAGAAUUGGGCAAGAGUAUCAACACAGAUGAAGCUGCAGCCCUGGGGGCGGUAUACCAAGCUGCUUACCUUAGUAAGGGAUUCAAGGUCAAGCGAUUUGGCGUCAAAGAAGCAGUGAUCUUCCCUAUUCAGAUUGCUUUUACGAGCACUCUUCUCCAGAGACAGGUUGAGUUUGAACGCGAGGUCACCAACGAAGAUGAGAGCAAGUCAACAAAAACGAUAAAACGUGUCAUCUUUGGUCGAAUGAAUCCAUACCCUGUCAGCAAAGUCAUGAAAUUCAACAAAAACUUUGAUGAUUUCAACUUUGAAGUUAUGUACGGAGAUCUGGACUUCUUGUCUGAAGAGGAGAAAAUUGGAUUUGGUAACCAGCUACACUCAAAGGUCGCCCUCUCAGGUGUCGGUGAUGCCUACAAGAAGAACUCUGCUGAUUCCGACUUCAAGGGCGUAAAGGCCCACUUCCGGAUGGACGAGAGCGGUCUGCUGCAUCUGGACUUGGUGGACUCGGUCUUCGAGAAGCAGCCCCCAAGCCCUGAUGAGAAGGAAGAAGAAUCCACUUUGUCCAAAUUUGAGAAAGAAUUCAUUGACAAUCUUAAGCUUGGUAGCACCAUCAGUAACCUGUUCGGCGGGGGAGAGGAGAAAAAAGAGGAUAAGAAGGACGAAAAGACCGAGGAGAAAACAGAAGAGAAAACCGACGAGCAGAAGGAAGACAAAAAGACAGAAGAGGGUGAGCCUAAAAAAGAGACUGAUCCUAAGACGGAGAAAACUGAAUCGAAGAAAGAGGAAGAAAAACCAACAAAAGAGAAAGAGGAGGAAAAGGACGAGAGUGUCGAGACAGAAAAUGCUGACGAGCCUGUUUCUAACAAUGCGGCUAGCAGUGAGGCUGACGCUAGUGACAAAAAACCAGCUAACGCUACACCAGCUGACGCCCCUGUGAAUGAAACUAAGAGUUCUGAAACUCCUAAGAAGGAAGAGAAAAAGGAAGAACCUUCUGCCAAGAAUGAAACGAAAGAAAACGCGACCAAACCAGACGCAGGGAAGGCAGAUGCUAAUAAAACUGCAGAGGAAAAGGAAAAAGAGAAGGCUAAGCUGAAACCAAUCAUCAUCAAGGAGAAACUCACUGCCACACAGACCCUGAUGGAUCUACAAGAACCUACUGAGAAAAUGGUUGCUGCUUCUAAGAAAAUAGUUUCUGACCUAAGAAUGCAAGACCAAGCAAAGAGAGAUCGGGAAAAGUCCAUCAAUGAUUUAGAAUCCUACGUUUUCACAAUGAAAGACAACUUGUACCAGGGAGACUGGGAAAAAUGCUCAACAACAGACGAACGUAUCAAAUUGAAAACGAAAUUAUCUGAGGUGUCCGACUGGUUGGACGAGCAGGGCAUGGAUACGCCCAAGGCAGAAUACGACACCAAACUUGCGGUUUUAAAAGAGGAGUUCAAGGAUAUUGCGUAUCGAGUUGAACAAACCAAGGACCGUCCUAGAGCUCUGGAGGCCUUGAAAAGCAUGCUCAAUCAUUCCAGAUACUUCCUGAAAAGUAUAAAAAAUCUCACGGCGGACGAGCCAAUAUUUACAGAGGUCGAAGUGACCACAUUAUCAAAGUUAAUUAAUGAUACAACGAUGUGGAUGAAUACAAUGGAGGAAGCGCAAAACAAAACCGCUUGCACAAAAACCCCUGUGUUGCUUACCACGCUAGUCGACUCGGCUCGAGUCCUCAUACAAAAAAAGCUAACAACAAUGACACAAGAUUUGAAAAUUCGUCUCCAUCGUGCUCAGGCACGGAAACUUGAUCGCGAGAAAAAAAUCAAGGCAGAAAAGGAGAAAAAAAAAGCCGAACGGAAACUCCGUGCCCAGAAACUUAGUGAAAAACGGCACCGGGAAGAGGAGGAAAAAAUGGAUAAAAAAAUGAAAAUGAAAGAAUCGAAACGCCACUCGAAAGGUGGUAAAAAAACUGGUGCAGAGGAAAUUAAAAUAGACAUCCCUGAUAAGGAUUCUGACAUAAAAAUAGAGGUCCCCGAUAAGGACGCGAAAACGGAUAAAUCUGAGCCAGAGAAAAAAGAUACUGAUUCCUCGACUGAAGAGGAGGAAGUUCUACAAAUAGAUGGCGCUGAGGCAACAGGUAAAAAGCCUGAAACAACGCCAGAAACACCAACAAAAGAUAAAAAAUCGACAACAGAUAGCAAACCGGCUGAUAGUAAACCUGUAGAGCCGCCAAAGACAGAAGCGCCACCUACGAAGGAAACGAAUACACAUGACCCGUCUGACUUAUAAUGAACACUUUACUUAGGAUUUAACAAAUUGAUGGAAUAAAUUAUGUUGCAUUUUGUAAAAUGAGAGUUCAGUCUUGGCCAGAUUUUUAGAAACAGAGCAUUUUGAUAUCAGUUUCGUUUCGUUUAUUUAUUUUUUUCAUAGGAAUGUGCUUGUAGGUUAAAUAAAUAUGAAAAGCCUGUGUGGUUAAGUUUGUUGACACUGUGUUGGAUAAAAUCAUCAGAUGAUCUGUCGAGAAUGUCCUACUGUUCUGUUUUUAGAAGUCUGAAUGUUUUUGGCUGAGAAUUUAUGGGUAACUGCAUGGUUGUCAUGGAGACCUGCAUUGUUUCCAUAGGAACCAGAAUCGUUGCCACGGCAACCUACCAUAUCAUCUCAAACUUGAUGGUUUUGUCAAAGAAUUUACAGUUUUGUCAAAGAAUUUAAUUGGUUUUGUCAAAGAAUUUACUUGGGGUUGCCAUUGUUGUAAUGGAGACCAGCUUCUGUCGUGGACACAAGCAAUGUUGUUAUGCAGACCAGUGAUAUUGUCAUGGUUGCGUAAUUGGUUGCCACGGUUACCAACUUCCGAGAGUGAUUUUGAUCUUUGUAUAUUUGUAAAUAAGCUGAUUGAAGUUACAUUGAGGAAAGUUCUUGAUAUCCUGACUUUGUUGGAAUCACAUGCACACUUUCAUAUGGAUUGUACCCGCCCUUUCUGGAUGUCCAUCACUCCUGCAUCCCUAGCUUUUUCUCGUCUCUUUGGGUACUGGUUAUGAUGAUACAUCCAAUAGAAAGAUCUCUUACUGAUUAACAUACAUGGAGAACUUUUCAUAUCAAGCCGACCUCGCAUGUGGUACAACCCGUUUGUCACUGUACACGUGGUUCCAGCGAAAUUGUGCGUCAUAAACGAUGCAGGGCCUGUAGAAUUUGUGUGUAAGUGAAUUAUCUUUAGUCCAUUCCAAUCAAUUGUUAUUUUGAUGGCCUUGUUUUGAGUAUUUGUGUUCUACCUUGCAAGAUCUCCAGUUGAUGGUCAUAGCUAGUUGGGGGGGCUAAUGCAUUUUCAUUGAAAGUUACAUCGUGAUGUAGUGUCCCUCAUCUAAAGUUACCAUGUCCAAAAAACUGGGUUUUGCAUGCUAUUUAUUGAAGUUAGUUAAAUACUUUUACCUCGGAACGACAACUGGAUGAUGAUUUCUAAAAAUAUCUUAACUUCUCUAUCCUGUCUUGCUUUGCUCGUUCUUUUAAUAGUGGUGGAAUAUUCAUAGAACACUGUGUUCUCCCAAUAAUCUUUCAUGUGCUAUGUCAUGUUUAGACAAUCUCGAUGUGUUCUAUUCCCGAUCAGGGCGUACAACGUUGUUGGUUUGUUACCAAAAUACCGGUACUACAAUUGGUUUGUCCUAUAUUUUUUUACACAUCUUCAUGUGGGGGCAAAUCCAGGAGGCCGAAAAAGUGCAGGUACCAUUUAGAACAAGGGACACCCAGGUGGUGUUCAGGGUCUAUCUUAAAUCAAAUUUCAUUGUAAUUUCAUUAAUAUUUUUUUCUAAUGACGGAGGGUACUCGAUCCUCUGUGCUCCCACUCUCAGUGGGAUCACCACUGAUGGUCCAAUAUUCGUGACAAUAAAAUAUUCACCAUUUUCUAACGUAAAUUAAACAAAAAACAAUCAUUGUUUUCAACUGAAAUUUCUGUCAAUAUUGUGACUGGUGACUGUUCUCUUAUUGCUAAAAGAAUCACAGAAAACAAUAGUUGAUAAUUGAGAACAUGAAUUCAAUAAUUCAUUGCAGUUCACACAUUUUUCAGUUCUGUUCAAAUUGUAGCAUUCCUUUAACUUAGAAAUAAAACAUUUCUAAACAAGGGUAAAUUUAUCAACAGUUGUUGCAUAUUUGUCUUCUAGCCUCUUGUCUCAUAAGUUUUUCAGUGUUCCAAAAACCUUUAUUUUUUGCCGUUUUUUUCUGGUAUCUUGACAAAGUUAUGUUUAAAAUCAAUCAGAUUAUUUUUCUGUCAUUUUGCUCCUCAUUCUUCAUCUGGCUGUCAUAGAAACUGACAUGUAUGAGUCAUAUAUUUGUCCACUCAUUUUUUGAAUCUAAAAAACUAGAAAAUAAAAAAAUUGGUAAA